CGUCCGCCUUCUUCCACCUUCCUCUGUUUCCGAUCUCAACUCAAUCUCCUUCUUUUCCUUGCCCGAGUUCUUUCUCCUUUCUCUGUCGCUCAAUCUCCUUUGUCUUUUUUCUUUCCCGGGAUCUUUCUCUUUUUUCUGGGACUGCUUUGUUGGUAUGCUACUUUGGGCACAGGCGCACCACCUGUUCGAUGAUAUGCCUCUAUGAAUGAAGAAGCUUCUUCCCAUCCUUGCUAUGAAUUCUACACACGUGGAUGAAAUGAGACCAUAUGCCGCUGAUGAUGUGUACACAUACUGCGCACUCUAACAGUAUAUGCUAUCUUCUUCUUCCCGCCCUAUCCCUAGAGCUCUCACCAUUUCUCAGAUUCUUAAGUUUAUUCCUAGUUCAUGGAAAAAGUCCCCAACAACAGUCCCAGCAACUACCAAAACCCAGGAUGAAACUAUGUUCGUCAGUCUUUUCGAAUCUCUCGAUUACUUCGCCAGCCGCGGCCUCUUAUCUGACGCUUUUAGAGUUUUCUCUCUUCUUCGUCUCCAACCUUCUUCUUCUGCUAUUUCCUGUGGCUUCAUUUUGCAUUCUGCCGCUUUGCUUUUAUCCGCCUGCGUCGACCUUCAUAAAUUCGACACAGGGCGGCAAAUUCACGCUCUUGCUAUUUCGUCGGGUCUCGAAUACCAUCCCGUUUUGGUCCGAAAGCUGGUUACUUUCUACUCUUCUUUUAAUCUCCUCGCCGGAGCUGAGAUCAUUACCCAGAAUUCCGAGAGUUUAGACCCCUCACCUUGGAAUGUGCUCAUCGCUUCAUAUGCUCGCAGCGAGCUUUUUGAAGACGCUGUUGGUGCUUACAAGCGAAUGGUGAGUAAGGGAAUUCGACCCGAUGCUUUCACUUAUCCAUCUGUGCUCAAGGCCUGUGCAAAAACUCUGGAUUUUGCUUCAGGAAGGAUGGUUCAUGGGUCCAUUGAGGUUAGCUCUCACAGGAACAGCUUGUAUGUCCGUAAUGCCUUGAUCUCUAUGUAUAGCAAAUUUGGCAAAGUGAAUAUUGCCCGGAUGUUAUUUGAUAAAAUGCCUGAAAGGGAUGCUGUCUCCUGGAACGCAAUCAUAAGCUGUUAUGCAUCCGAAGGUAUGUGGGCUAAAGCAUCUGAGCUUUUUGACGAAAUGAGGUUUUCUGUUGCAGAAGUCAACGUCAUAACGUGGAACACUGUCGCUGGAGGUUUGUUGCGUACAGGCAACCACGGAGGAGUUUUGGGAUUAGUCUCUGAGGUGAGAAAUCGCUCUGUGAGUUUGGAUCCUGUGGCUAUCAUUAUUGGUUUGGGGGCAUGCUCGGACCUAGGAGCGAUUCGGUUGGGGAAAGAGAUUCAUGGUCUCGCGAUUCGCAGUUUUUUCACUGGAAUCCAAAAUGUUCAAAAUACAUUGAUCUCGAUGUAUUCCAAAUGCAAUGACCAUAGGCAUGCCUUUAUGGUGUUUCAACAGAUUCAAGAGAAGAGUUUGACCAACUGGAACUCUAUAAUUUCUGGUUUCGCCCGAGUUGGUGGAUCGGAGGAAACCUCUUCCCUGUUUAAGGAGAUGUUGCUCUCUGGCUUUCAGCCAAAUUACGUGACACUUGCAACCAUUCUCCCUCUCUGCGCCAGUGUGGCAAAUCUGCAGCAUGGGAAGGAGUUACAUUGCUAUAUCUUGAGGCGCCAGAACUUUGAGGACUGUUUAAUCCUAUGGAACUCCCUUCUUAAUAUGUAUGCAAAAUCUGGGAAAAUGGCAGCUGCAAAGAGAGUAUUCAACUCGAUGAACAGGAGGGACAAUGUGACUUACACUUCUUUGAUAGAUGGGUACGGCAUGCAGGGUGAAGGACGAGUAGCCUUAGCACUGUUCCAAGAGAUGAUCAGAUCUCAUAUCAAACCUGACCAUGUAACCAUGGUUGCAGUUCUGUCGGCCUGCAGUCAUUCUAGGUUGGUGCACGAAGGACAAAGGUUGUUUGAGAAGAUGGAGAGUAAGUAUGGGAUACAUCCUUGUCUGGAACAUUUUGCUUGUAUGGUUGAUCUCUAUGGCAGAGCAGGUCUCUUGAGUAAAGCUCGAGAUAUAAUCCAAAGAAUGCCUUACGAGCCUAGUAGCGCCAUUUGGGCUACUCUACUGGGAGCUUGCCUCAUCCAUGGGAACAUAUAUAUGGGUGAAUGGGCAGCUGAAAUGCUCUGGGAAAUGAAACCAGAGAACCCGGGGUACUAUGUGUUGAUGGCAAAUUUGUAUGCAGCUGCUGGUUGUUGGAACAAGCUUGCUGAGGUGAGGACUUUGAUGAGGGACUUGGGUGUGAAGAAGGCUCCUGGGCGUUCAUGGGUCGAUCUAGGUGCUGGGUCUUCUCAGUUCUCGGUGGAGGACACAUCAAACCCCCAAGCACAGAGGAUUUAUCCUCUGUUAGAUGGAAUGAACGAGUUGAUGAAAGAUGCCGUUGGUUAUGUCUUCAGUCAGGAGCAAAGUUCAGAAGAACUUCUGGAAGAAGUAGGAUGAAGCAGACCCCUUUGGAUCUUGCUCUCCACUUCACCGUGUCUGAUUAGGAUAAUCAACGUGUCUGCAUGUUAACAUAGGGCAAAACAAGAAGUGUUCACAUGAAUACUUUCAGUUGGAGUGAAAUACAAGUGAGAGAUGAGAGUAUGUUUACCUGCAAACAUUAAAGAAUGGAUUCAUGAAAGGCUGCUGGCUGAAAUUUUUAUCCCUCGUAUUGCUGCAUUCUCAUGGAAAAAAUGCCCUUAAGCUAACCGUUCCAUCUUGGCUGGUCCAUCAUUUGAGGAAAUUGUUGCAGCAGCCAGGUUUGGUUGUCGGCUCGUUGCAGGCUGCGUUCUUCUGUUUAUGCUGUGAACUCGCUCAUCUCUAUGUACGCUAGAGGCCGUAAUACUGCCACAUAUGAGGGUUAGACUGUGUUUGAGGCCAUGGAGUUCAAGAAUUUGAUUUCUUGGAACUCUAAGAUUGCUACUUUUCAAUGCUGUAGUCUUGAAAGCCAAGCUAUCAGUCUUUUCGUGUGAAUGCAUCUGUGAUGGAAUCUGUUUUGACUGUGUCACACUGCUUAUUAUCUCUGCUUCUUUGUACAGAAGCGCUGGAUCAUGAUGUGGGUUUGAAGUUUAGUCUUCUGCUACACUCUCUGAGCAUAAAAUCUGGACAUUUAAUUCACACUGAAGUGGCGACUUCAUUGGUCAAAGUUUACCCAGACUGGGUGGGGACUUUGCUGAAUGCUACAAGCUCUUUAUGGACAUGAGCCAUCAUCAAGACGCUGUUGCUUGGACUGGGAUUAUAAUGUGUGCAGAUCGUGACCCAGAGAGGGCUCUUUUGGCCAUUGUCAUUGAAAAGAGCUAAAUCUUGACUGCUAUACUUUCUCAAUUUUGCAAAAAUCUGUGCAGGACAAGUGAAACCACGCAUGCUUCGACAAUUCACAUGCAAGUGAUAGAGGCUGGUCUUGAGACUGUCAGCGCUGAACGAUGCUUGUCGAUCCACACGUAUUCCACAGGUGCGGCUCUAUGGAGUUGCUUGAGCAGGUUUUUAGGAGAUGGGUUCACAGGGUCUGGUAUCAUGGAACUCAGUGCUCAAGAGUUAUGAUUGCAUGGGCUACCAGGUGCAGCCAUGCUGGUCGGGUAGAAGAAGUAAUGAUGAGUUUCAGGUCCAUGUCCAGGAACAUCGAAUCUCUUCCUCAGCUAGAUCACUACGCUUGUGUUAUCGACAUGCUUGGUAGGAUUGGGAUACUUGGUGACGCAGAAGAGGUGAUGAAGCAAAUGCCGAUGGAAGCAUAAUGCCUGACUAGGUGAGUUAGCAGCGGAGAAACUGAUAGAACUGGAACCUGGAAACUCAUCCAGUUAUGUCCAGAUAUCGAACAUAUUCAGUGCAGCGGGUAGCUUUACUGAAGCUAGAAAGGAGAUGCAGACAUGGAGAAUGAGGAAAGAAUCGGGUCUGAGCUGGACUGAGAUAGAUAAUGAGGUUCAAGAAUCCGUAACUGGAGGGUAGGGAAGCCAUAUGCAGGGAGCUGAUUGGGCGGCUGAAGGAAGGAGAUAGGUUACGUGCCAGAGACCCAGUUGGUGUUGGAAGAUGCGGAGGAGCAACUGCUGGGUCAUACAGCAUUUGUUGUCACGGAGGGGCUGAGAUUAGUUGGCGGUGCCGGGAAAUCGACCCAGAAAACGAAGGACCCAAGGAUACGCGAUGAUUGCCAUAGCUUACUGAAUCUAGAGAAAUAGUUUCUUGCAACGUUUCCUGCUCCUUCAAUGACUACUGGUAUAUAGCUACUGGCUAAGAUGUUGGUUACACAAAACUAUUUACCAACUGUUAACGAAUUGAUGAUGGGAAUAGCCUUGAAAUAAUGGAUGAGGAUCUGUAAUUGGAAUUUCAAUAGUUCAAAAAAACUUACUUCAUAUUC